AUGAAGCCGAUGCUUGGGUCUCUUAUUUUGAUUAUUCUGAGAGCUUUUGUCCCUAAUUGUCUAAUUACGGACAAUGCUCUCAUUGCUUUUGAGGUUUUCCAUUCUAUGAAGAGACGGGGGGAAGGUCGGGAUGGUACGGUGGCUCUAAAACUUGAUAUGAGUAAGGCAUAUGAUAGGGUGGAGUGGAGUUUCCUAGAAUGUGUGAUGCAAAAAUUGGGGCUCCUGUCAUCUUGGAUUGCCCGGAUCAUGAGUUGUCUUUCGAGUGUGUCAUCCUCCUUCAAGUAUAAUGGGAGCAUUUCGGGUUCUCUUACUCCUUCCCGAGGGUUACGUCAGGGUGAUCCUAUUUCCCCGUAUUUGUUCCUAUUUUGUGCGGAUGCGUUCUCUACUUUGCUAUCUAAAGCUGCGGAGGAUCAUCUUAUUCAUGGGGUUCGAACGAUAGUAUUUUAUAAAGCAACAUUGCAAGAAUGCUCUAAAAUUGCUGAUAUUAUCAGUACGUAUGAAAGAGCAUCCGGUCAGAGUGUCAAUCUAAGCAAGACUGAAGUGGCUUUUAGCAAAUGUGUUCCGAUAAAUCAAACACUAGAAAUUGUGGAAAAAUUGGGUGUGAGAGAAGUUGACAGACAUGAGAAGUAUUUGGGUUUGCCUACUAUAAUUGGGAGAUCAAAGAAGGCAAAUUUCUGUAGGAUUAAAGGAGCGCAUAUGGAAGAAGUUGGAGGGAUGGAAAGAGAAGUUGCUAUCUAG